AUGCUGGAGUCAGUAACUCAGAGCACAUUUCUGCCAAACACAAUGGUUUGUGAUCCCCUGAUGUCUUCGACAGGACUCUUUGGGACAACCGAAGAUGUCUACACUGCCUGUGAUCAUCAAAGAGAUCCUAAUUCUUUCUGGACAUCUAUCCACCCAGAAUACUGGAGUGAGCACAACGUCUGUGAAUGGUUGCAGUUUUGCUGUGACCAGUACAAAUUAGAUGCCAACUGCAUUUCCUUUCCCCACUUUAUUAUCAACGGCUUGCAGUUAUGCAACAUGACCCAGGAAGAGUUCCUAGAAGCUUCAGGCAUUUGUGGUGAGUUCCUGUAUUUCAUCUUAUGGAAUAUCAGGAGUUUCCACGUGAAAAACUUCUCUAUUGUGACUUCUGCUACUACUUUGUCCAUUGUUUCUUUUCUGGUUUUCCUCUGCAGUUACUAUUACAAAACGGGCAUUUUGGAACGAGUGGACAGAAGGCUGGUGUACAAGUUUGGAAAGCAUGCCCAUGGAUGGCAGGAGAACAAGAUUUGA